AUGUCAUCUUAUUUCUGCAUCAACUGGAUUCUUCUGAUCCUCUUUGCGGGUCCCACGGUGUCGAGAUCAAUUGUGAAAGGAAAGGUUGGUCAGAACAUCACUGUGCCCUGCUCCUACCAAGUCAAGGGGCCAGGAGACAUCACAUCAAUGUGCUGGGGUCGUGGCAGCUGCCCUGCUUCCAAAUGUUAUCGGACCAUUAUCUGGACAGAUGGAUGGAAGGUGACAGAGCAGUACAGCAGCAGGUAUAUGUUGGAAGGGAACCUGCUAAAGGGCGAUGUGUCCCUCACGAUCGUGAACGCCAAGGAAGCUGACAGUGGGACGUACUGCUGCCGCGUGGAGAUCUCGGGGUGGUUCAAUGAUCAGACAAGUAACCACGAGGUUGUGAUAGAGGCAGCUAGGAUCUCUACUGCAAGUCCUCACACUUACACCUCUGAACAGACCUCAGCAGAUGGGAGCACCAACGAAUCAUCCUUUGCCAUCACAAGAACGUGGCCUUCGGUUUCUGCUUCGGAAACUUCACAGACUGCCACUGGUCCCAGUUCAAGUGCCUCAGACUACUCAGAUGUAACCACAAACGUGCAGAACAUGUCUGUAUCACUUCCCCAUCAGCAGUAUUCAGAAAAUGGCCUAUACAUCGGGAUUGGUUUAUGUGCAGUGCUUCUAUCCAUCCUUACUUUAGCUCUGUUCCUCACUAGACAAUACAAUGCAAAGAAGACUGGUGACUUUGCAAACUUCGUUGCAUUUUGGAGGCCAGAAGGUGCAGGGAACCGUAGCGUCCUGGAAGAUGAGACCCAUGCAGAAGAAAACAUCUAUUCUCCAUCAGCUAAAAUGCCCCAUUUUGUGCUGUUUCUCUGGAUUCUGAUACAGAUCUUUAUAGUGCACACCACAUCUCAAACUGUCGUUAGAGGAGUAAUAGGGCAAACUGUUAAGCUGCCUUGCAUCUACCAGGUGAAACGACUUAAGGACAUCUCCGACAUGUGCUGGGGCAGAGGCCCAUGCCCAAAUUCGAAGUGCAGUAACAAAAUCCUGCACACUACCGGGAGCAGGGUGACGUACAGAAAAUCUCAGCGAUACAAUCUCCAAGGUUAUAUUUCCUACGGAGAUGUGUCUCUCACAAUUGGUCAAGUGAAGGCAGAAGAUGCGGGUACCUACUGCUGCCGCAUAGAGAUCCCGGGUUUGUUCAAUGACAUCAAAAAGACCAUGCGGCUGGAGCUGGUCAGAGCCCCUCCUGUGAUGACAACCACCACAAGAAGGGCUCCUGUUUCCCCCAAACAUUUCAGAAAAACAACUUUUGCUCCCCAAGCAACCUCUGAUCAUCAAACAACAGCAGAGACUGGUGUCCUCCUGACAACCCCUGCCUCCCCCGUAACAACUGCAACCACUGAGUCUCCAGAAGUAACUGCACUGGAGACCACUGCUGUGACAGCAAAUGAUGUUUUUCCAGAAACAAUGGUGACAACCAGUGCUCUCCCAGAUUCUUCAACUGGUUUCCAAGCAACUGACAUGAGGACUGGAGACUACAAUUACAUGUUCUACCCAUCAGAGUCUGACCCUCUUCCUGGAGAUGCAAAGGUGACUGCUGAAUUCCCAAGCACACUUCUGACUGCAGAGGGAACUAAAAGCGUGAGCACUUCUUUCAUGGUGGAAGACCUGCUACCUGCAUGGAUUUCAGCAAGUUCAAAUGGCAAGGCUGAGAAACAUGAUGAUAUCCGAGACAAGAUUCCCAGCUAUGCCAUUCUCAUCACCUGUCUCACAGUGGUGCCCAUUCUUUUCAUACUGAUGCUCUCACUGUUUGUGAAACGUAAACACACAAAGAAGCUUAUAAUAAAAAUCCUCAGACUAGUGGAAGACCUUGAAAAAGUUUUCAGUGGCACUGAAGGAGAAAACAGCAUUUUUUUCGUGUGA